CGUCGUGGGUUGGGAGUUGGCCUUACAAGCGAUAACCACAUUCUUUUCCCUGACGGCCACUACGCAUACCCCUCAACACUUCAAAAGUCUGCAGUUAUAUCAAUGGACCUCAGUUUGCGUCAUCUCCCGGAUCUUUCAGAUGCAACUGGGGCGUCUGACUUCUCUGAGGCAUCCUUUCAGAUACCAGUUGCCGACAGUUUAUCUUCAGAUUUACUGCUUGCAGACGAUAGUACAGACUUCUUCAAGGGAAUCGACGAGACUUUGGCUACACCCGCUGUAGCACCUCCAAUCCGCAGGCAACGCGCCCUAAGACUCAAUGAACUGACCCCGAAAUCUAAAGCUUCUCGCCCAGUACGCUCCAAGUCUCGUCCGGUGAUACCCUCCCCCUUGAAGCGGGUAGUAGCUCAAGACCUGACUAUUGCCCUGGAUGAAGCCCUCUCGCCGCUCAAAUCCAAUGAACCUUCCUUUACCAUUCCACACAUCAGUGCGGGUGUGGAUGGAUUACUUUUGUCGAUAGAUGCCGAUCUUUUGAAGUCGAAUGGGGCCGACGUCACGAUAACAGACGGUCUUGCUUCGUCGACAGCGCAAGACAUGCUAACAUUGAGUCAGCUGUCACCAGUGUCCAGGCCUUUACCGCGGUCGCCUUUGCAUUCUCCGCUAGUGGUUCCUGUAUCCUUUCCUUUUUACGAUCAAGCAAAUAUACCCAGUCUCGCCGAGGCCUCAGAUCCGACAGGAGUCUCCGAGUCUGUCAACAGUCUCACCCAAGAACCCGCUGCGCUGCAACCCCCGAGCCCUGGACCAAAUUUCGAGACAAGAUGCAUGUCACCACUCUGUCCCGAGCAAGGCCCUAGUGCUUUCGUUGGAUCACUAGGCAAUGGCGAAUCUUCAGCCCCGCAACGAGCAAAGCAGAACCCGCCGCCAUCAGGGCGAGGCAUGGUGAGCAAUGAACUCAAAGUUAAGCCGAAACGUACCGUGAUCGAAGGUGGGAUUUCCAAGCGCGGUACCGCGAAACUGCCACCAUCGAUGGCCAGCCGAAAGCUCUCGAAAGCUGAUGGGAAAUCAAAUCCACCGACUCAGUCUCUUGGCGUGAGGAAGGACACGCUCUCCUCGGUCAAGGAAGGGCAAGCUAGUGGUCGGUCAACCGCCACGCGCGCGAAUGUCAAGCCUACUAUCCGUGAUAGUCCUGAACCUGGCAACUUGGCCGCUGCUCUCCUAUCAUACGGAUUAAAAAGUGAGAUAACAUCGAACGGAAAAGCACAAUUCCGUGUGCCUGUCACAAAGACAUCUUCAGGACAGGUACACCAAUAUGUUCCCACUCACGUCAAAGACGAGUCGUGCUUAGAGCGGACGCAGCAAGAUUGUCUACAUGAUGUCCCCGAGCAAACCUCAGAAAUAGAAGACAAACCUGAAUUCCGCAGUCCGAACUCCGCUGAACAACACUCGGAAACACGAGGUGUAUCGCCUGUUACAAUGUCCAUACCUUCAGGGUCUACUGCGGAACCAAUGUCCGAGGUCAGUAACGAUCAGGUAGAUUCAUGGCGUCAGGAGUCUGUGCCUUCCGAGAUCGCCCACGUUUCUCCCGAAGAUGGUCUUGGUCCAACCUCAAGGACGGUCCCUACUUCCCCAAUGUGUGCAUCCCUCAAACGCUCGGCAUCAGCUGAGCCAGCGUUGGAUGAGAGCCAGCGGAAGAAAGCCAAGACGGACGCCUCCUCAACAGCUCUUACGCCAGCCUCAUACAAACCUAUCUCGAAACUGAAUGCAAGAACCACGAGGCUUGGAGCAAAGAAGAAGACGCUCCAGGCUUCGAGGGUGAAUAAUGGGGCGCGGGGGCCUUGUCGCUCUACAAGUGACAUGAAGGCCUCUUCACUAUGCACUAGCCACGACGCUACGAAGACUUCGGACAAGCCUCAGUCAAGCCAAACGUUCAUAUCCAUGAGAUCAAGAUCGCAGUCUUUGCAUGCCACUCAAGCGAAAUUAAUUGACAAGCCUCGACAGUUGACGGUGUCCAGCAGCCGUUCGAUCCACGAUCCAGCAGGUCCAAAUGUAGCUUCUACCAGUGCAUCAGGUCGAUCAGGGGACCUGCAAUGUGUUUCAUAUGAAGGCAAGGAACGUGGGCAGGCUGAGUCUCACGGGACGCUCUAUUCAUUGGGUUCCAGUGACAGUGGCCUCAUGCAGGGUCCCAGACACACGCCACAUGAAUCCGAGAAAUCGAAUGAUUCUCUGUCUUCCAGCAAAAUCACCAAGCCAAUUGAGUUUCAUUUCCAUUCGGAUGCACGGAUAGAAGCUCGUAAGGCCGAACUUGAAGAGAGGGCCAGGAGUUCACAGAAACGUUCUGUCAGAACAGACGGCCGCCUUCCAAUCCCUGACUUCAAAGCCAUGCAUGCCGCUCAAGAAGCGAAACUAGCAGCUAGGCGGGAGCAAAUCGUGCCUGUCGUUCCAGUGCCCAUCGACUUGUACACCGAUAUUCGUGCGCAAGAACGGGAGAAGUUUGAGACCGCGCGGCGUGCGAGGGAACGAGAGGCGGAACUUCAAGCUGAAGAAAGAAGGCGACUCCAAGUGUUGGAAGAAGAGAAAGAGAUUAGGGAACUAAGGAAACGUGCCAUACCCAAGGCGAAUGAAGUCCCUGAGUGGUAUGCAAAUGCGCCAAAGCGCUCCAAGGAAAGUAGAAUGGGGGCUUCGAUUGCGAAGUGACCAUGAUCGAAAAGCAGGGGUAUGUGUUAUGGCAUCUGAGCGUCAAAGAUGUGUUGAUUCAUUUGUACGUUACUGAUCUUGACUUGCAUCUUCCUUCUAAUAUUACUUUGUUUGUCCUGACGCUCUCGCCCACUAGCGUGUCCGCCUUGACACCGAGAUCCAUCUGUCGAUUGAGUCUUCUGUCAGGACAUGACAGACCUCAGAUGCUUCACUGCGAGCAGUCGACCGAUCACCUCAUUUCUCCUGAUACAAUGGAUUUCCGGACAACGGGGAUGAUGGAUAUUUGCUGACGAGCCUCCCUAAGCCUCCUCCCAGCUGUUUAUGCUCGUGUGAUCUCAGCGUUAGGGUUAUACCCGCCUUUCAAUGUUCACUCGAUCAAGAUGGCGGUACAUCUCCGGCCAUAGUGGAAGCCUUCAACGCGUGAUUUGGAUGCUCAUUGGCGAGCAAAUACGCUGGAAGACCUGUGACCACCUCACGUAAACCUCAUGUGUUGAAACCAGGACACGGUGUACCGGUAUGAUUAUCGUAACUUCUUUCGAUGGUCUAACUUCUUCUAUCCGUGUACAACCUCGCACUGCGCAGCGAUAGGUCGCCAAGAGUGUCAAGCUGUUUAUGUCCGUUGGACGACUGUAUCGAACUAUUUUGCAGGUUC